AAGACUGCGGAUAAAAAUGUCACUUAAAUACGACUAACCAUAGAAAACGUCGUGUUUUUAUUAUUUAAAUUCUGUAUGACAAUUAUCGAUAACUCUGAUAAAUAAUUGCCAGUAUAAAACGUUCAACAACAAAGAUGCUUGAUGUUCACGCAUCAAUCAGUUUUGAAUAUUCCCGCUUUCGAGCUUCUACGACUCCAUAUAUCGAUACCUAUCUUUCGAUGUCUCGAUAGCCUCGUACUAUCGCCCAGUGUCCUAAUGGCCGCCGUAGUGUUUCCCCCACUCCAACAUGACCGUAAAAAGCAAUAUAGCGAGGUAAUCGAGGUGUCAACGGAGGCGAGGCACCGUCGGGAACUGGCAUUUUGCGGCACUCGCGUCACGCUCAUUUGGCGUCCUGCACUCGAGGCUGGACACGCGUUCCCCGUCCACGGCGAAAUUGAAGGUUAUCGUCGACAGCUGAUCGCCGUCCCGUCCACGCAAGUAGAUCCGGGCAACUUCUUGCGGCUGCGGCUUUCCCAUUCCGAUGUUUUGAUACGUUUCCUACUUUGUUUUCCCUCUCUCUUUCUUUCUCUCCCUUUGCUUCUGCUCUCGCUUUCCCUCUCUCACCUCCUUCGUGACACGUUCCCUUCGUGUUUCCACCAGAGGAUGUCCGGCUCGAAGCCUUGACCAUUUCAAGGACCCGUUCGGGAGUCCCCGUCAAGGAGUCCCAAGGGAGAGUGUGUUAGCAGACGAGUCAAUUCGGGAUUUCUUGUGCCGUGCUCAUCAUCUCGUGAUAGAUAUGGAAUAUACUCUCCCUGCAAGUAAUACACGAUGCAAUUGCUCAAAAGAUAAUGUGAUACGUGCGGAUGAUGACCUGUGUGCCGUUGAACGACAGUGAGGUGAAUACACUGCCAUGGGGUGGACGACAUCCACCACGGCAUGGGUCGUCAUAUGGAGUUGCUUGCUGCGGAGCUUCGAUUUGGCUCCUCAGGCAUCUCCGAAGCAGGCACCGUGCGAUAAGACCAGAAAGGUCUUCACAGACUCAUGGGGAAUUAUAAGCGAUGGGCCUAUAGACUCGAAUUACACUCAAGACUCCCACUGCGAAUGGCUCAUCAAAGCUAAUCAUAGUCGUCAGUUUAUUACGUUAAAUUUUCGAAAUAUGGGCACAGAAUGCAGCUAUGACUACGUAUUCGUAUAUGACGGGGAUUCCUUCCGUUCCCCGCUUCUGGGUAGCUUCAGUGGUAAGACGGAACCGCAGCAAGUGAUGUCGACGUCUGGUUACAUGUUGAUAUUAUUAUAUAGCGAUACAAAUUACGUACUAAAAGGUUUCCAUGCCGAGUUCUCGGUCUCGGAUUGUCCAAACAAUUGCACUCGUCAUGGCAAGUGCAUCAACAAUACAUGUUUCUGCGAGAAUGACUGGGGUGGUAAAGAUUGCUCCCGUCCUCUCUGUCCGAACAAUUGUAGCCACGCCGGUGUCUGCGGAGUAAAGAGAUGCGAGUGCCACAAGGGAUACUCCGGGCAAUCUUGUUCGUUGCACAAAACCCAUCCAAAGGGAAACUGGUGGUAUUGGCUUUCGCAUUCGGAAGGUGGACUAAGACCACGCGCAGCUCAUACCGCGGUCUAUAUCGAAGAAACAGAUUCAUUGUACGUUUUCGGCGGCUACGAUCUCAAUUACAUACUGAGCGACUUGGAGGUGUACAGGUUUAGCACGAGUCAGUGGGAAGACGAAUAUGGGAACGUACUAGAGGGUGCCACAUCCGCCGAGUAUCUGGAUCCCAUGUUGAUCGCUAGCGAAUUACGUGGUCCUGGCGCAAAGGAGACAUACGGCCUAUCAACGUCGUCCUUGAUGUGGAAGGUGCUUUACGGCAUCAAGGAGAACAUUACGUUACUCGACCGGACCGUUGACGGUCAGCAUGGUGUGCGAGAGUUCAGGAACAUGCCUAAGGACAAUGAAAGUGAGAGGAGUAGAAGCACCAUCAGAAUCAGCCGGAAUGAUGAUUCCAGAAGAAAGCAUCCGCGAAACGUGCGACCACGAUACUCGCAAAUGUCAACAAGGUACCGCAGGAAUCUGGAAGAUUUAUACAGGGAACAUCACGUGACCAACAUAGAAAACGGUGACAUGAAAUGGGAGGAGCAAGUGGUAGCGGGUCCCGCGGAGGAUAACAUCUUUAUGCAAGAAUUUAUGGACCCGAAACUAACGACGAGCGAGCCACAGAAAGAGGAAGUCACCGAACCGACCAUUGACGAAUCACCCAAACCGAGUCCUCGAUAUGGCCACGCUGCGUGUAAAUACCAAGAUGGCUUUGUAAUUUAUGGAGGAAAAGUGCAAGACGGUUCUUUGUCGGACGAAUUGUGGCACUACAAUGUACACAAGCGCGUGUGGACUUUACGCGCAAAGGGUGCUCCUUUCUACCCUCCCAAACUCACAAGGCACACUUUAACUUUGGCAGGCAAUUAUAUUUAUUUGUUUGGAGGUAGCACCGUUGAUGGAGAGUUCUCGUCUAGUCUGUACAAAAUCAAAUUAAAUUUGUCGGAUCCUACAGCGACUACUGAGAGAUGGACGGAAGUGCGACCCCGAGGUGGUAAAGAACUCGAUGUGCGUAUGGUUGCGCACUCGACCGUUUAUCAUCGCGCCACCAACACUCUAGUGGUGUACGGCGGCGUCGUCGCCAGUGUAGCCCGCUUCAGCAAGCUAUCGGACCGGAUGUUUGUUUUCCAACUGGACAGGAAGCUCUGGUCCGAGAUCCAUUAUGCAACGGCGCCCUUGAGGGAACCAUAUGUGCCGAGAGAACGUGCAUUUCACACAUCUAACAUCAUAGGAAAUUAUCUGGUAGUAUUCGGCGGAUAUUCUCACAAGCAUAACAAAGAGGAGAUCUGUUACGAUAACCAGAUAUACUUUUAUCACCUCGGUUGCCAUACUUGGUUAAAUCACGAAGUGCUGGGCAAUAGCAGUAUCAUUCCUCAUUACCCUAAACAACAAGGCGUGUUUGCUCACGCGGCCGACGUGCGCAACGGCAACACCUUGUUGCUCGUCGGUGGAUACCACGGUAACGUAAACGCAGAUUUGAUAGCGUACACUUUGCCACCCAUGUUAGUACCGGGAGACAAGGACGAUUUCGAACCGGAGCAACUCUGUGCGAGGCAUAAGACUUCCAACGAGUGCGUUUCAAAUCCCGAAUGUGGCUGGUGUGCCACGGAUGAGAUGUGCUACGGUCGCACAUUAGGCAGUAACUGUACGACGAAUCUGCAAGCAUCGCGCUGCCUGGGCAUCUGUCCCACCCUAGGCGACUGUCACUCCUGUCUGAUACACGGCCAACCCGACGAUGGCUGGAGCACAAAUAAUCGCGGUAAGAAAUCCGUUUCGAGCAAACUAAAUUUGGGCUCGUGUACAUGGUGCGUCCAGAACGCACGCUGCCAUCCCAAGGACGACAAUUACGGCGUAUGCGGGCUGCGUGACGAUUCAGCCUCACAGAUUCAAGGCUGGUGGGGCCCGAAAGGCACGGAGAUCACCAAGGUCGAGGAAUGUCGGGAGAUGGACAAAAGACCGGGCUUGACUUUCCUCAAGUACAAUCCGCCGGUGAACUUCAGUCAACCCGAUUCGGUCAGCAUAGUGAAUGCGACCACGGUCGAUUUCAACGUGCCGUCCAUGCAGGGCGCAAAGACCGAGUCAGCGCUGGGCGGCGAAAUGAUCGCUAAGUUGACUGGCUUCCUUAGACCGCCUUCCACUUGGAACUCUUCGGAGCAACUGAAGAUCUGCGUUAGUUACAACAGUGCGGCGCUACGCAUGUCGCGAAAUGAUGAUCCCGAUAAAUUGGAACUGGUUGCUAAUUUAACCGCGGAGACGCCGCAGUGCAUACAAAUGAACUGGUCGAAUGGUCAUCCAAUGGAGCUACAACCGGGCCGUUAUCAAUUAGACUUUGAAUCAAAGAGAAUGGUAACAGCGAGCUAUGCUGCUUCGAGCAAAAUGGAGAUCACGCAUACCAAGAAGAAUCGCAAACCGGAAGAAAAAGGGCAAAACAAGAAAGAAGAGAACAAUUCGAAAGUCUUUACGUUCGAGUACCUGGAGCCAUUUCAGAACGGCUCUUGUCAUCAGUACGGUAACUGUCUGCACUGCUUGACCGAUUCUUCGUGUGGUUGGUGCGACAUCACGAAUCAGUGUCUACCGCGCUACAUCAACGAGACGGAAGUCUGCGCAAUGGAUAUAGAAUUGGACAAAGAGCGGAACGAGACGAUACGCGAAUGGCACUACUUGACGAUCACACCAUCGACGUGCGCCAAUUGCUCCAAUUAUAUCUCCUGCGAGUCGUGCGUGAACACCAAUUUGUGUGAAUGGUGGACGGAGGAGGCAAGAUGCACGCGAAUCGGUCGACUACCUAACGCGGUGGUGAAAUUGGAUCAGUGUCCAAUCCCUUGCCAGCAACGUUCCAACUGUACUCAAUGCCUCGACGAGCGCGGCAGAUGCGUAUGGUGCGAAGCCACGCGCGAAUGUUUCUCCUUUUCCGUGUACACGUCCGAGUACCAGUUUGGCUUAUGUAGAGAGUGGUUGGAUCAGGCGGGUCUGAUGGGCGUGACAUCGCGCAGUGACUCGUCCCUAACCGGCAAUGAUCAGUGUAAAAGUUGCAGUCGACACACUAACUGCUCCAGCUGUCUGCACUCGCUCAGCUGCGGUUGGUGCUACAGUCUGGAGAACCCGAUUACUGGCGCUUGCGUACAGGGCGACUUCAAUCAGCCGCAUGUCAACUGCAGCGCGGUUAUUAACGAUUACUGGAACAGCAGUCUAAGAAGCGACGAGUCCGGCUGGGCGUACGCGCAGUGUCCGGACGUAGACGAGUGCGAUCUUGGUCUGCACGAUUGCCAUCCCGACGCUCUCUGCACCAAUACUCACGGCAGCUUUAGCUGCCAGUGCAAGCGUGGUUUUAACGGCGACGGCAAGGAGAACUGUACCAAGACCUGCUACGAGCGAUGCGUCAACGGAUACUGCAGCGAGGCGCCAGAUUACAAGUGCGAGUGCAAUCUUGGCUGGACUGGGCCGGACUGUCGGACAAACUGCGGCUGUUACAAUCACUCCACGUGCCAGCAGGGUCCAGGCAUUUGCGACGAAUGCCAGGACUGGACGACCGGACGCUACUGCGAGGAGUGCAAAGCGGGCAGCUAUGGGAAUGCGACGACGUCGUUAGGCUGUCGCGAGUGCGAUUGCAACGGGCACGGCGACGUGGAACUUGGUGCGUGCGAUCAACAGACCGGCGUGUGUUUUUGCCGUGACAAUACUGAGGGUGACAAAUGCCAACGCUGCAAGCAUGGUUACUACGGGGACCCACGCAAUGGUGGAAUGUGUUACUACGGCUGCAUGUCGCGAGGUAUGCUGGGUGGCGAGGGAAAUGGCAAGCAGGGCCUCGGCAGUCGGCACUCGCAGUCUUCGCUUUGGGGCAGCUACACGGGUGAUUCGCCGACGAGAGAAUGCCUGUGGAUCGUCAGUCCCGAAACGGAUCUCUCCUCGGACGCGACCACACCUACUAUUCAGAGCGUGAUUCAGUUUACGAUUCAUGAUGACAUCAAUGUCAGCUGUCAGGAGAACAGCGUAUACGUGUACGAUGGCCUACCAGAAUUUGUCUCGUCCACCGGUGGCCAUCAAAGUCAGCUGCUGGGCGUGUAUUGUACCGAGAGCACCGACUAUCCGGUGACGGUGGAAGCCAAGUCCGGUUUCUUGACGGUGCAUUACAAGCAGCUGGACGAAGUGGAGGGUUUCAACGCGAGUUACGUGGUGAUGACGUGCAACAGCUGUCCGGACAACCGCGAAUGCCGCAACGGCAACUGUCUCUGCAAGCCGGGCUACGUCGGCAUCAAUUGCGACGUGGAGAUCUGUCCAAACAAUUGCACUGCUUCUAAAAAACGCGGGGUUUGUGACAAGGGCUACGGCCGCUGCGUCUGUACACCGGGCUACGGCGGCCGGGAUUGCUCCAUUAAGCUCGAGAAGCACCAGCUGAUAUUCACGGAGCUAUUCAAUUCGGAAUACCUCGCGGAUCAUCUGGAUCACUUGAGAAAAACGUUGCCACGCUUCGGGCACAGUCUUGUGGCCGAUCGACGCGGCAGUCUAUGGAUGUUUGGCGGUUACUCACUCAGUCACGGGCCCCUGAACGACAUCAGAUUGUUUGACACGAAGAAUAAUACGUGGAUGCCGGUGACGGUGGAAUCAACGUCGGAGGCAUCGAUGCCGCAAGGCCGCUACUUCCACGCCGCCGAGAUUGUGCACAGUAGACAGCAAAUCUAUGUCUACGGCGGUUUGUCAAUGAAGGAUGAGGAUGUGCAGGGAUUGUCGAAUAACACCCUAAGCGAUUUCUGGAAAUUCAGUCUACAGAAUCAACGAUGGAGCCAGAUUGUGCAGGACGAGUCGAAGAAAGAGCCACUGCCUCUGGCCGGUCAUACGUUAACUCUGCGCAGAGACGGCGAGACGGAGAGCCUGAUCCUCAUCGGCGGUUUCAGCCCCAAAUACGGAUACCUGGAUACGGUCUGGGAAUUCAAUCUAGAAAUGGAGACCUGGGACACGGUGAACACCGUUGGAAACAGGCCUUUGGGCGUUUAUGGACAUUCCACCGUGUAUCACAGUAGAUCGGACAGCUUUUACGUAUUCGGCGGCUACACCUACGCAAUAAACCGUACGUUCAUCUCCAACAAGUUGUACGCAUUGAAUUACAAAACGCGCAUGUGGUCUGUACUACCGCCGUUUGAAGACGACGUCACUGAUAGCAGCAAUCUGCCGCAAGCGAGAUUCCUACACUCCGCGGUCACGACGGACGAGUACAUGGUGAUAUUCGGUGGUCGGCAAAAUCCGCACAACACCUCGGACUCGCUGAUAGCGUACAAGUACGCCUGCAACCUGUGGAUACGCUUAAUAACGAAGAACAUGGAGACGAUCGGCUAUCCGCCACCACCGGCGUACGCCCACGCGAUGACUCAUGCCGAUCCAGAAUCGAACGCUGUCUACGUUGUCGGCGGGUUCGAUGGUGGUAUCAAGAGUCACGUGACGUUAAUUAGCAUACCGGAGGAUCUGUGCAAUCUUUGGACGGACAAAAACACGUGUAGGAAAUACUUCGGUUGUUCGUUCUGCACGUUCACAACCAUAACCAGCACGAAUGCUUCCUACUGUUUCUCAAACGAAGUAUCGGACAACCGGGGUGACAAGUGCGACAUUAACGUUAUCGAAGCGCGCCGAUCGAAUGGAAUAUUCUGCAACUCGGACUGGAUAGCCGGUAGGAAAUGCCAGAACUUCAAAACCUGCAUGGAAUGCCUAGCGGAAUGGCCAUAUUACAAGGAUGACAAGCCGGUCUGUAAAUGGUGCACCAACUGCCCGCACGGUAAAUGCAUUCCAUCUGAUAGAGACUGCGAUGACUUGAACAAGUGCAGCAUCCGUCAGAUAUCGGUGACGAAUGUGAACCAAUGCGGUGAGCGAUUGUGCCCGGCGAGCGAUUGUGAGAAGUGCAACAGUCUGGGCGAUUGCGUGUGGACGAGACAGGUGGUGAAAACAUCUGAACUGGGCGUGAAGCUAACGGGCGAGCCAAUCUAUGACUGGAACUGCGUACCGGACGACAUCUUCGAGCGGUCCAGCAUUAAAAUGAGUAGCACGCAAUGCGAGAAGAGGUGCUCCGAUCACAAGGACUGUACGAGUUGCCUGAAGGGCACCGGCGCCGAGGGAGGAUGGAGCGAGUGCAGGUGGUCCACUCAGUUGAACGAGUGCAUCUCUCCAUCGUAUCAGCCGCUCUAUUGCGCCGGGGGCGUCUGCGGUCUGGUGCUGCGCAGCGCGGACAUUGAUCACUGCCCGGAGCCGUGCUUGGUCUUCAAACAGUGCAGCACCUGUCUGAAGCAUUCGCAUUGCGGAUGGUGCUCGCUGGACUCGGCGAAUGUCACCGGUCAAGGAAUAUGUACGGAGGGCUCGCUCGAGGCACCAACCGAUCAUCCGGCCGGCGGUACUUGCGAGAUGCUUUAUCACCAGCAUUUCCCGGAAACUGAAGCGCCAAUCACGACGACAUUACAUCCCUAUCAUACGGACUCUCCAGAGCUAUCCAGAGCUCUAGAGGACAAUGCGACUGUAUCGUUGUCUAGUUCAGUAGCGAUGGCGAAACCCGAAUUUUCAUGGCAUUACGUUCGCUGUCCCCCGGAGAACGAGUGCAUAAACGGGCAUCACACGUGCUCACCAAAAAGCGAGAAGUGUUUCGACCUGGAGGAAGGUUUCGAGUGCAAAUGCGGAGACGGCUAUAAAACCGAGACCACCUGGAUGAAUGAGUUUGGAAGAAAGAUCUGUGUGCCGAUGUGCACGCAGGGUUGCGUGAGGGGCACGUGCGUGGAGCCAAACGAUUGUCGUUGCGAUUUCGGUUACGUCGGCGCGAACUGCUCUAUCCAGUGUCAGUGCAACGGUCACAGUAACUGCGCCGGCCCAGACAAGCUCGAUGUCUGCCUGGAGUGUCACAACAACACGAUGGGACCGCAAUGCGAGAAGUGUUUGCCUUUGUACGUCGGUAAUCCCGCGGACAACGGCCAGUGCGUCCCUUGUCUCGAGUAUUGCAACGGACACACUCGGAUUUGCAUCAACGAGAGCAUGACUGUACCCGAUCCGGACUCGGUGGAUAAGAUGUCGAUGGAACUGUUACGAAAGCAGCUGGUGGAGGGACCGAUGACAAAAGCAAAGUGUGUCAAUUGCGGUAACAAUACGAAGGGUGACAAAUGUGGCGAGUGUAUGACUGGCUACUUCCGGGGUACGGAAGAUCUGCGGGACGUGUGUCGACCCUGCGAAUGUCACGGUCAUGGGUUCACGUGUGAUCCUGUAACUGGCGAGAAGUGCAAUUGCGGCAACAACACGGAGAGUGAGCCGUCCUGCGUCAACGGUCCCCAGAAAGGUACCAACACGGGUACACCGUGUUGGAUGGUCCAGUGCAGCAAAUGCCGAGAGAACUAUGCCGGUACUCCGACUAUGGGCCAUCAGUGCUACAAGACCGUCACAGUCGACAACAAGAUGUGUUUUGACUCGAAGUUAAUAGCAUCUUACGACGAGUGCAAAAUGAAGCCGAAACCCUUGAAUCCUGGCCAGACUGUCUUCUACAUGGUACAGCCGCGAUUUAUGAACGUGGACAUCAGAGUGAUGGUGGAUGUCACUCAAGGCGCCUUGGAUUUAUUCUUGAGUCCUCGGGACGACUCCUUCGUCGUCACUUUGAAUUCGUCGACUGGAUACCAAGACAUCGAGAUAGACAGCAGAUUCAGGUGGCGACCUGACCAUCCCGAUACAUGGUUGGAGGAUGAGCCCAAUAGCAAAAUCCGAGUCGUCGAGUUUCAUCCUCACAGCAGCUUUGGCGCGAUGAACGGUACUACCACAGAACCGACGUGGAACACCGGACCACAGUACUUCGUGAUGGAGCGCUACGCGGAAAACCUGGCGACCUUUCUAACGAUCGAAAGACGGAACACGUUCCUGGUAAUCCGCAAUCUCACGAAUCGAUUGGUGCUGACGUUGCCGCAGGACAAGCACGAGCUGGACCAGACAAAGUUCCAUAUCGCUUUGCGAGCGAUCGAUCCGACGAAUCCGGAAGUGAAUGGACGUGCCGCUUACGGGAUGAUCUUCUUCCGGCAAGAUCAGCUGCACAUUGACCUGUUCGUCUUCUUCUCGUGCUUCUUCUCCUGCUUUUUCUUGUUCCUCGCGGCGUGCGUGGUCGCGUGGAAAACGAAACAGGCGGCGGAUGUGCGCCGGGCCCGGCGUCGUCACGUUGUGGAGAUGUUGCACAUGGCAAAGCGGCCGUUCGCGUCCGCAACGAUCUUGUAUGAUCGCGACGGCGGUGAGUGCAGCCCGAGCUCACCGCAACGUAAGGGCAGGCGCGGUAAGCAUAUCAGCUUUCACAGCGAUGUAAGGCCGGUUGCUGUGGAGCCUACCGAUGAUGGUGUCGCGGCGGUCGCAACGGUGUUCAUCAGGUUACCUGGUGGUCGCCAAACGCCCGUCAAGUUAGCCCUGGGCAGCUCGCUCAUACUUUUGACCAGGGUCUAUCCGGUCAACAGCCGAGUGUUUUUGAGACGUCGAAACAGCCACGCGACGAACUGAACCCACGUCAUGGUGGAACCUCGAUCUCGGCAGCUUUCGAGUUCCACACCUGGAGUACCGAUAUUCUCGCUGAACCCUGCUCGAUCGUCGACGAGAGUUUCCUAUGUUUAAGUACGGAUUGAUCUAAUAAAUUAUUUGUGCAACGGCACAAAUGCACUUGCAGCUGGGACUUAACGGACCUGAAAUUAGAUUUAACGGACGGACUCUCUUCGGAACAGUUUUAACACGACAAAGAUAACGAACAAUGAAAUUUUAAUAAUACGCGUAUUUUGAUGUAUCGAAACAUCUCGCUUGCGAUUUUAUCUUUUCUUUGGAAACUGUUCUCUUUUAUCAUUGAUCUCAUGUAUUACUUAAUUGGCAAGGAACAUAUUUCUCGCACAGAUAAUAUUGAAUUUAUCAGGUGUAGAUGUUUAAAAGCAAAAUUUUCAUAUUCUAUCAGAACGAGCACUAAAUUCGUUGAUUCCAUGGAUUUUCAUGAGUGACAUUGAAGACAUCUAAACGCAUAAAGUUUCGUAAACUCCUAUGAAUUUAUGUACGAGUGUAUUUUAUGAUCCAUCGAGUCUAGAGGAACGCGUGUUGAAGGAGCUCUCAUAAAUUCUUGCAAUCUACAAGAUCUGAACGACAAAUCCAAGAUUAUCGUGGAUCUGCGAAUCGAAUGAUCAUUAUUGUUUUUCUUGUAGAUUAGAGAUAUCUAAUAUUGUACAAUAAUUACGCGAGAAGAGAGUGAUGAUAUGUAAGAUUAUUUUAAUCUAAGUAUAUAUAUAUUGUCGUACCAUUCCAUGACGAGACUGUACGUUUGUAUAUACAACAAUCUGUAAUUAUGUAUUAAUUCGUACUUUAUACAUUUUUGUAGAAGCAUUUUACGAGGUGAUUUCACGUUACGGAACAUUCGUGAUUACCCCCGUUUCGCGCGAUUUAUAUCGAUCAGUUCAGAACGAGCAGUAUUAGAAUCGUUGAUUAGAGAUGGAGCGUGACGAUGCGUACGUUAACGAACGUUCCUAUGCCAAACGGAUUAGGAUGAAUGUGUACAUAUAUAUGUAUGUGUAUAUAUAAUAUGUGUGUGUGUAUAUACAUGCAUGUAUAUGCAUAUAUGUAUAAUCUUUUAAAUAUAAUAAUAUAUUAUUUAUCAUAAGCCAAUUAUAAGGAAGAGAACAAAGAGUUUUAUUUGUGAAAGAAUUAUGUAUAAUACGUAUCCAUACACAAAAGCUGGUUUGCAAAUGCAUUGAUUGCAGAGUUUUAUAACUGACAUCGCUCUUGCGUAUCGAUUAAAAGAUUUGUGCUCGAUAAGACGCCUUUUGGUCAGAAAUAACGACUACGUAUUAAUCAAAACGUAUAGAUAAUGUGAAUGUUGUAAUGGUAUCGACAUUGACGUGUUUAGUGAUAAACUGAUGUAAGAGUAAACUGACUGUAAGAGGCACGAGAAAAGGAUAAUGUGGAGAUCGCUGUUUUAUACAUAGUUUAAGAUCUGUUGUAAUAUCCUUUCUACUUUUAUAGAUCUGGAAAACUAUAAAACUGAAUUAGUAUAAAGAUUAAGAUAUAUAUGACUAGAUAAAGAUCUGAAAAAAAUAAUAAUAGGAUAAAAGAUGCGCGGUAUGUGGAAUCAGUUUAUAAUUUGUAAUUUAUGCUUUGCAUAAUUUGGUCUUUUACUAACAAAUGCAAAAGUCAUAAUAACUGUUCAUAUAAUGUAACGUAUACAGGGUGUAAUUUAAUUCGCGGCCACUAUUCACACAGUGAUGUUUCUCAUGAAAAACUGAGUCGAAAAGUCCUGAACCAUUUUCUUCUAUAAUGUUUAAGAAAGUAGUAAUUAUUGAGAAAAGUCAAUCCAAUCAGCGCUAAUCUUUAACCGGGCGUACGUCAGUGAGCCUGGUAUUGUAUGGUGGCGUACUCCACCGCUGAGUUCAUGCUGUUAAGACAGUCUGUGUGACUUCUAAAGGACGGCGUUGAUAGGAUUGACUUUACUCAAUAAUUACUAUAACUUUAUUAAACAUUAUAGAAAAAAAUCAUAGGACUUUAGGACUUUUCGACUUAGUUUUUCAUGAGAAACAUCACUGUGUAAAUAGUGGGCGCGAAUUAAAUUACACUCUCUAUAGUUUUGCGUCGAAAGUCAGACAUAUCGCUCAUUUGCUGCAACAAUGACAUAACUUAAAACUUGUGAUUUUUCAGAAGACACCAUUUAAAGUUUUGAAUUGUUAUAACUUUGUACGAGAAUUUUAAAAUACCAUAUUGGCAUAAUUGAAUAAAGUAACGUAACAUGGUAGAAAGAAAAAACUAUUAUAAUGGAUUUAAUCGCUACUGUGGAUUCUCCUAUAACCCGAAAACAACCCUUCUUUAGAACCCUUCUUAUGACAUAUUCUUGUUAAAAAUAACUUUUAGAAUACGACAUAAGUAAAAAUAUUAUGUUCUUGUUAGGAAAAAAAGCGUAUUUGGCAAUCUUUCUCCCUGUACUAAUGACUCAAUAAGGGCGAUUUUUGAGUUAUGUCAUUGUUGUAGCAAAUGAGCGAUAUAGUUUCAGUAUCUCAGAGAUACUUGACUUUGUAGCGAGAAGAAGCGAUCGUUCUGUCAUUAUGUUGUUCUCGUGGCUCGUUUAUCUUGGAACUAGAAUAACGUAAUGAUGUUGUGUAGCGGGAUGAGAAUCUAAGGCCUCUUUUAUGUGUAUGCGUUUUCCUGUUGUAUAUCGCAUAAACGAGGCAUGCAUGAGCGAACGGGCUCAGACACAUCGCAUGUAUGCCAUUAAUCGUUUGAAAGAGUGCACGAGUGCUCCUCGACCGUAAAAGCUAUUCGUUGAUUAAUUAUUAAGCUAACAUUGAUAAUGUUAACAUUGAUAACGACGCGACCAAUCUGUUGAAUCUCAGAGUUUUUUCUCGUCAGAGUAAGUCUCGUCAUCGCGCGCAACGCAGAUAGAACUUUCGUUAUGAUUUAUAUAGUUCAUAUUAUAUAGUCAACUCUCAGCGAUGCCGACACGUAGCAGCUACGGCAUUUCCAUGAUUUACAAAUCCAAAUUGAACUCUUCAAUCCUCAGCGUUGUCCGUAGAUCCUCCGAGAUCUGCGCAACUCUUCACAGACAUUUCUUCGCGGCGAAUCCGCGAAUCGAGGAUUCUGAGGAUUUGCGUGUGACGAGUGAAGAGAGAUCGUUGGGAAAUGUAAGAUCAAGAUCGAACUCGCGAUAUUAUCCACGUGCAACGUUGGAUAAUGGAAUCAUCAUUUGGUCCUCACUGAUACAUUCGCACGCACGACCAAUCGCGCUAUCCUAAAUACUCAUUCGCGUGAUGCGGUGUAAACGUAUGAGUUAUAAAUAUACAGAAUCGACAGCACACAUGUACAUUUUACGUAGGUUUACGUGUAUCUAUAGAGAGAAAUAUGAAAUAUAUACGUACACACAUAAGCAUACGAAUAUACAUAUAUAUAUAUAUAUAUAUAUAUAUAUAUAUAUAUAUUAUAUAUAUAAAUACGAGACGGUGUAUGUAUACUUUUUCGGUUGUACAGAUCUGAGCGUUAUUUCCGAAAUAUUCUAUUUUAUAUAUAAUUAUUACACACAUCGCGUCGUCGAUGGCAGAGAGCGAUAAUCUUCCAAUGCCGGCAUUGUAUCGCGUAGAAAAUUGGACAGCAUCAUGAUCGAGGAAACGCCGCUUCGCGCGCGUGAAGGAAGUGUGCAAAGGUUGUGAAGCGUCAAAAAAAAGGAGAGAAAAAAAAGCGGCGUUCGUCAGACUUUCGGCAUCUAGGUAAAGUUUAUCGUUUAACUCACGCCGCGAGGAAAAACGUAAGGUUGUGCAAAUGAUGAUUAAUGAAUUGUAUAUUGCGGAAGCUUUAAUAAACGUAUGUAAAAUUGAA